GCGCGUUUGUUUGUUCUUCUCUCGAUUCGGCUAUAAAUGCGUUCAAGGCUAUCGGGAUCGACCGCUGCUUCUCUCUGCUCGUAUCCGCCGUUAGUCCGCCGAUACGCCAUUUACAAAAUUGGCGCGUACAUUGCGGGGGUGUCCUUUCAACGUGUACCAUAGGUGAUUUUGCUUUGAACAAAUACGCGCGUACGCUCGAUAAUAACCGUGAUACACGAAAGGGCGACCGCGACCUAUUUACAUAAAUUACGUAAAUUGAUUCGAAAACAUACGAGUCAAUCGUAAAUGAAACAGAAAUUACGGGCUUUUCUGGUGAUAAUGGUAUACAGAGAGAACUUCUUCACUGCUCUUUUUUUUGUAGCUAAAAGUUAGCCUGUGAUCUUACUCACGAAUUAAUUCACGAGGAACUGUAACCAUAUCGAUACCUAAACUACUGAAAAGUAAAACUUUUCGCGCAGAUUACACAGCUAUCGGAUAUUUUUCACAAAUAGCAUUCAAAAACAUAUAUUUAGAAUUAACCGUAAUUGAAUCAGAAAUUUGGGACGCAAUGAUAUGCAGACAGAAUUUUACGUUUUACUGUCUUUUUUUGUGGCUAAAAAUUAUCUUAUAAUCCUUUUUUCGUAUUAAUUCGCGAGAAAUUAUAACCAACCUCGACACGUAAUUUAGACUAUCGAAAUUGUUAACGAAACUUUUCGCGCAGAUUACACAGCUAUCUAUGUCAGCUAUUUUUUACAAGUUACGAAAGUUGUGAAUAAUAAAUUCCGGAUUUUCGAGGCACAAUAAUAUAUAGGCAAAAUCUUAUUCUUUACUGCUUUAAGCUGAAAGACACCUUAUAAACAUUUUCUCGUAUUAAUUCGCGAGGAACUGUAACCAUCUCGACACGUAAUUUAGACUAUUGAAAUUAUUGAUGAAAUUUUUCACGUAGAUUACAUAACUAUUGGUUAUGGUUUUUACAAGUAGUAUUCGAAGACAUAAAAAUGGAAUCAAUCGCAAAUAAAUAAGAAAUUUCGUGCACAAGAUAUGCAGGCAAAAUCUCAUCCCUUACUGCUCUUUUUUAUAGCUAAAAGUCACCUUACAAUUCUUUUCUCGUAUUAAUUCGUAAGGGACUGUAACCAUUUCGGUACGUAACUUAGACUACUGAAAUUGUUAAUGAAAUUUUUCGCGUAGAUUACAUAGCUAUUAGAUAUUUUUUACGUCAUAUCCAAAAUUAUACAAAUGAAAUCAAUCGCACAUGAGUCAGAAAUUCCGUGCUUUUCAGGGCACAAUGAUAUGCAGGCAAAAUGUUACUACUUACUGUCCUUUUUUUUGUAGCUAAAGGACACCCUAUAACCCUUUUUCUCGCAAUCUGCUGUUAAUCAUAUCAACACGUGAUUUAGACUAUCGAAAUUGUUAACGGAAACUUCUGACGGAGAUUAACGCAGCUAUCGGUGUAAGACAUUUGUUAAAAGUAGACGAAGGUACGACGCCGAUAUCGCCGCCAGCGUAUCACUUCGUGCGAUGGACUGGCUCUCGUCUUGAUGAAACGCGCCUGCACUUUUUGCAUCGGAAACUUGAAAAGCCAUCUAAGUUACCCGCGCUAUACUGCCAUCGUGCUUCUUAUACGUACUUCCGCUCGGCUGAUGCUUAUCAACGUCGCGAUCCGCGCGCUCGCCGUUACCUCGCCAGACCGACAACUGGGAACGUGAAGUUAGCGUUGUACGGCUCCGAUGGGACAACGCGACCGAGGGUGGAAUCUACCCGCCCGGCUGCCUUAUUACACUUCCAUCUACUUAUCGACGCUUCCGCUCGCUUCCGCCUCAGCUCUCCCGCGAGUCACCUGCGAGUUCGUGCUGCGCGCACGUUUUCCGGCACACCUCUCCUCGAAUUCGCAGAGGCACCGGUCGAGACGAGGCCGCGUGUUCCAGAAGAUCUUCGAAAGCCCUCCGUCAGUGUCGUCGGAAUUCCGCUCCGCCGCACUCGGUUCUUCCGUUUCUUCCACACGACGACGCUCUGGCGCAUCGGGCUCCGCGAAGAUUUGUCGGCCGGGAUCUCUGUCUCGUCCCUUUGCGCGGAACUGAUCCGAUUUGAUGCCGCCAUUACACAAAUUGUAGCGUUGCCCUGCACCGAAACUUCGCGAAACUUUCUGACAAUCGAAUCAACGUCGGAUAAUAAGAGAUCGACCAUUUAUCGCGCGAGAAAAUGCGAUUGCGCGGAGGGAGGAGAGGCGGUGUCCGAUAAUGAAGCUCCGUCGCGACAUGAACUUCGCGUCAGUGCGCUAAAUAAUUCGAUGUUCGAAGUUUUCUUAUUUGCAAAUGUAAUGUUACUUCGUUAUUAAAACUGUACGGUAACUUUGUCUCGCUGUACUCUGUCGAGGCAGUAGUAAGACAGGAAAUCGUAAGAUUUAUGUCACGGCCGUUAUUUCAUUAUUCAAACGAGUAGUAAGACGAGAAAUGACAAUGUUUCGUCCGAGUCGAAAUUUUGAUCCCACUUUCGGCCUCUACGUUCUACUCAACGCCUAUUUUGAUGCUCCGCGAAACUUACAUCAAUCUCUCUUGAUUCUAUUUAAUCUACUAACUUUGUCAAGAGGUCCUCUUUAGAGGUCCUCUCUACAGGUGGUAUUCUGUACCAUUUCUCUGCCAUUUAGAGACGUUAAAUAGAGUAUUUCAGUUUCUAUGUCUAUUAAACGUACGCUAACCUUCAGUAUAUAUAUAUAUAUAUACAGGAUGUUAUCUUUUCCCCGCCUACUAAGUACAUAGCGUUAUUCCUUAUGGAAAACUGAGUUGAAAGAUCCUGAGCCAUUUUGUCGAAAUAAGUUCUUAUGGUAACUUUUCAACAUUUAACAUAUCUUUACAGCUAAACUCUAAAUUAAAAAUCUAUUCAAAUAACGUCCGCUUGAAACAAAUCGAAGAAAAUAGAUUUGCUAUCCACUUAGUCGUCCAAAGCAUCGUUUGCGGAAAGUCUUGUUUUUUUGAUCUUGUAUUUCGUAAACUAUUGCCAUUUCGAUAUUUUCGUUCAGUACUUCUCGAUUUAGAUUUUUACGAGGAAAAAGCUAUAUAUUUUAUAAUGGUGGCAGGAAAAAUAAUACCAUCUUGAUGUUAGAAAGUUCACGGGGGGUCUUGAAAGUAAAGCUAAAAUUUCAACUUGGAUACAAUCUUCGUGUUUAGCGUGUUCGCUCAUAUUGACGGUAAUGACGGCCUAAAGGAGCUUCAUUAGUCACUUCAUCAACUGCCUCACGCCAAUUCGACGACAUCGUAGACGGUGUCCCACGCGUCUUCGACUUCCUCUCGACCUGUCACUCGCUGGCGCCUCGAUGUUCUCCGCCGCGGAUCAGAUCGAUUGAUCGUCUCGCUCAAUAAAUGUGUCAUUAGGGCUGUAUGCUUCAAGUUAAUGUGUACCGGAGGUCGAGGAACUCGAGGGGGUGCCUAAAGAGAAGUGAGACUGUCUCAGUUCAUUCGCACUGAACAAAUAAUGCGCGUUUUAGAUUCGAAUCUCGAGUAAAUCGAAAGACAAGCGACGGUGAACGAGAAAGAACCGGUGCGCGAAUACCAUGGUGCUAAAAUCCUUCGUGUUUUAGCGAAUUCAACGACGCUGCAAAGAAGAAAAUGGAUAUAUUACUGCGAAACAAUGAAAGGACUUAACUUGCGUGUUUAAUGAAUAUAUACACGUGUCUCGUUGAGGACAGGGAGAACGAAGAAGAAUAAGAGAGACACACACACAGAGAAAGAGAGAGAGAAAGAGAGAGAGAGAGUGAGAGAGACAAGGAGGUAGGCAAUGCGACUAAAUGAAAUGUGCGAUAGAAAGCCGAUCGACCCACCGCGAAGAGCAAAGAAGAUUUAACAAUAGGAAACUGAUAGAUAUCAGCAAAGUUCGAGAAUACGAGGGUAGCCUGCAUGUUGGAAACAAAGAUCCGAGCGAAAGAACGGACAGGGAAGAGCUGUUAGGUGAAGAAAAUUGGACGAUAUUGCCAGGAAGGCAAUUACAGAGGUAUCCUCGGAGAAAAUAAGGAAGGGCGAACUCUAAUAUAUACACACAUCCACACACAUAUAUACAUAUAUACACAAAAGAGACCGGCGAUAAAGGUGGAGAAAUCACGCGCAAUGUUGAGAAAUUUUGCAGCAGAAGUGACGAAGUGUGGAAAUGCUAGUGAGAAAAGAAGAUUCGGCGGCGGUGAGAUCGAUGUUGAAGGAUAAAUGAGCGCGGAGAAAGCUAGAUAGAUGAACCCGCGGAACGGGACGAGCGAAAACCGCAAGAAAGAGCGAGGAAGCUGCGCGAAGCUUAAGUGAUGGAAAAGCGCGAGGAGGGGCGAGUUCGAACGGAGAUGAAUAGAGGCAGGUGCGAGGAGAUGGAUUAACGUGGAUCUCGGGAUCGCGCCCUUUUAAUUUGCAAGGCGGGCUAAAUGAACGGGCAUGCGAAGGGUGUGAGAGCCGGCUAUACGCGACAAAAUCUCUCGCGAGCGGGCGAGAAGCUGCUGGCGGAGAAGUUCACUUUUGCUUGUCUCGUCUUCGUGCCAACGAUGGCGGACGAUUGUUCACGGGUGACUAGCUUCGAAACGGCCGGCCUGCUGUUCUAGAGCGCACGUGCUUCGUAGAGAUCGUGUGAUCGUGCGCACUCAAGAGGGGUACACGUAUGGUGGGACCCUCCACCCUCUCGACCGGAACGACCACAGCAAGUGUUCGCGCGAGUGUUAAAAGGCGCGCAUCUUGAUCAUCACCCCCUAUCAGCGAGAAAAUCGUGUCGGAAAGAUCGAUUCGAAACGGCGAACUCUGUACCGAAGACACACGCGAAUUCCUCGAGUUUGACCAUGUGCACUGUGUUCAGGGAUAUUUAGGGGAAAAACAAAGUAGAGGAGAAGCCAGGCGGAAAGAACGAAAGCGCAAGGGUUCGGGAAUUCAAGAUAACGCGUUAAUCCAAGAAGUCUCACUACUGCCGAUUUUGAAAAAACUCUAGUUCAGUCCUCGUCGUCGCUUCAUCUAUAUUCCCCAGCGAAUUCGUCACACACACACACACACGUACACGCACAAUACACGUAUAAAUAUACGCGCGCGCACACACACACAUACACGCGCGCAUACAUAUACAUCGUUCUCGCAGAGUAUAGAGAGUGCGAUCCUGUUUCUCGCCGAUGCGCGCCGUGAAUCCCAAGAGAAAGAGACAGGAAGUGGAAGCGACACCGGAAUUGUACGCGAAGUGCCGCCGCCACCGCGUGAUCUUCGGGCUUCGAGGUGCGAGCUGGUGAUCUCGUUUCGCCCUCGCGCGGCUCGCCUCCGGUAUAGUGUCUUCCGCGACGCAGGAGCCUCGUGGCCGCGAGUCUCUCGCCGCAACAUGGGUUGCGAACUGAGCAAGCUGGCCACCUCGAAGUCGCGCAAUCAAGCCGGAAACGAUGGCUCGUCGCCACCGCCGCCGCCGGCCGCCACGGAUCCUCGACUUCCGCUCACAGCCCGGCAAAAAUUUACGGUCAUCGCCAGCUGGAAAGCUGUCGCCAGGGCGUUGGAGCCCACGGGCAUAUACAUGUUCAUAAGGUUGUUUGAGGAGAACGCGGAAUUGUUAAACAUGUUCACGAAGUUUCGGGAUAUGAAGACGAAGGAGCAGCAGUCGACGAGCAUGGAAUUGGCCGAGCACGCGAAGACGGUCAUGUCCACCCUCGACGAAGGGAUUAAGAGCCUGGAUGACAUGGACACGUUCCUGACGUAUCUCCAUGAGGUCGGGGCCUCCCACACGAAGAUUCCCGGCUUCAAUCGGCAAUAUUUUUGGAAAAUCGAGAAACCGUUUCUGGACGCGGUGGAGCGUACGCUGGACGACCGGUACUCGGAGAACGUGGAGAACAUCUACAAGCUGACGAUCAAGUUCAUCAUCGAAACGCUGAUCGACGGCUUCGACAAAGCACAGAGCGACAAGGCCAAGUCCUAGUCGUCCUAGUCCCGAGGAUCCGGCACGCACGCGAUCGCCCUCGAUCCUGCGAGACGUUGACCGCUCUCCCCGGCUUCGCCCGGCCCUCCGAUGCCUGGAAGUGAAA